UUUCACUGAUGGAGAUGAAACCUCCUAUUUCCCGAGCAAAGAUGAUUCUCAUCACAAAAGCUGCCAUUAAAGCUAUUAAGCUCUACAAGCAUGUUGUCCAGAUUGUGGAGAAGUUUAUCAAAAAGUGCAAACCAGAGUACAAAGUCCCUGGGCUGUACGUGAUUGACUCCAUUGUUCGUCAGUCCCGGCACCAGUUUGGAACAGACAAAGAUGUUUUUGGGCCAAGAUUCUCUAAAAAUAUUACUGCCACAUUCCAGUAUUUGUAUCUGUGUCCAUCUGAAGACAAGAGUAAAAUAGUCCGUGUCCUAAACCUUUGGCAGAAAAACGGAGUAUUUAAAAUUGAAAUAAUUCAGCCUCUCCUGGAUAUGGCAGCAGGAACUAGUGCCACUGCCCCAAUGGCAGAGAAUGCUACUAACAAUGAAGGUUCGCCGCCCCCUCCGGCAAAGGUCCCCUCGGAGCCCCCUCAGGUGACUGCGAACUCAGUGCCCACCGUGCCACAGCUGCCCAGCUCCGAUGCCUUCGCAGCUGUAGCUCAGCUGUUCCAGACAACACAAGGACAGCAGCUUCAGCAAAUCCUGCAGACUUUCCAGCAGCCUCAGAAGCCCCAGUCACCGGUCAUAGACAACACUGUGAUGGCUCAGGUUCAAGCUAUUACUGCUCAGCUGAAAACCACAGCAGCUCAGGCACCAGAGCAAAAAGCUUCUUUCCCAGCACCUGAGCAGAAAACAUCGUUUGAUAAAAAACUUCUAGAUCGGUUUGACUAUGAUGAUGAACCAGAAGCAGUGGAAGAUGCAAAGAAAGAAGAUUCAGCUCCUUCCCCUUCAGUGUCUCAGCCGGCUUUUGGGUUUCCAGCAGAAGGCAUGCAACAGCCAGUAUUUCCUCAGCUCCCAAAUAUGGAUCCUUUCCAGCAGCGGAUGAUGGGAAUACAGCAGGAUCCAAUGCGUCACCAGGUCCCACUUCCUCCUAAUGGGCAAAUGCCAGGUUUUGGUCUCCUGCCUACCCCCCAGUUCCCACCCAUGGCUCAGCCUGUGAUUCCACCAGCAGCACCUGUGCAGCCAACUUUCCAGUCUCCCUUUCCAGUCCAGACUGAGUCACACAUGCAGAAACCCCAUCAACAGGAUAUGGAAGUGGAGCAGCCACCUGUUCAGGAGGGCAAACGGCAUGUUUCUGACAGCAGGAAGUCGAGAUCUAGAUCUGCAUCAAGGUCCCCCAAGAGGAAACGCUCCAGGUCUGGCUCCCGGUCCCGGCGCUCCCGUCACCGGCGCUCCAGGUCGCGCUCCCGGGACCGGCGCCGACACUCCCCGAAGUCGCGCUCGCAGGAAAGGCGGGAACGGGAGCGGGAGAGGGAGCGCAGGUCCAAGGGCCUCCCCCAGAUCAAGUCAGAAACUGUCAGUGUUUGUAGUACCACACUUUGGGUAGGACAGCUUGACAAGAGGACAACUCAGCAGGAUGUUGGAAGUCUUUUGGAAGAGUUUGGCCCCAUUGAGUCGAUCAAUAUGAUCCCCCCCAGAGGAUGUGCCUACAUUGUCAUGGUGCACAGACAAGAUGCCAACAGAGCCCUCCAGAAACUGAGCCGAGGGAACUUCAAGGUCAACCAGAAAUCCAUCAAGAUUGCAUGGGCUCUGAAUAAAGGAAUAAAGCCAGACUACAAGCAGUACUGGGAUGUGGAAUUAGGUGUGACUUACAUACCGUGGGACAAAGUCAAACCUGAAGAUCUUGAAAGCUUCUGUGAAGGGGGAAUGCUGGACAAUGAAACUCUUAGUCCAGAGUGGAAGGGGAUCCCCAAGAAGUCUGAAAAUGAAGUAGCUCAGAACGGAGGCGCAGAAGCUGCACACAAUGAACCAGUGUCACCUAUACCCAAAGCUUUACCUGUCCCUAUCCCUGUCCCCAUGCCUGCACCAAUAACAGUACCUCCUCCACAGGUUCCACCACAUCCCUCGGGGCCUCCUGUGGUUGGUGCACUCCAACCACCUGCUUUCACAGCCCCUUUAGGAAUCCCCCCUCCUGGAUUUGCUCCCGGGGUGCCGCCCCCGCCGCCGCCCCCGUUCUUACGGCCUGGAUUCAACCCUCUGCAUUUACCCCCAGGCUUCCUUCCUCCGGGGCCGCCACCACCUAUAACCCCUCCGGUCUCUGUCCCGCACACUCCGGCAGUGAACAUCCCAAACUCUACAGCAACGGGUGGGAGUGAGGACACUACAAAGGAGUCGUCUGUAGGAAAUCCCAUCCCAGUAGUUUCUGGAGGCAGAGGGAAUGCUGAAACCACCGAUAGUUCCAAAAUCUAUGGGACUGUUCCACCUCCUGUAGCUCCUACUAAUGUCCCUGCUCCUGUCACCCAGACUGUCCCACUCCUUGGCACCCAGGGUGUGGCACCGCCCCCUCCAGCCCCAGUGGUCGGGCUCCAGACUCCAUCCACCGGGCUCCUGGGCGCCCGGCCCGGGCUGAUCCCGCUCCAGCGGCCGCCGGGAAUGCCGCCCCCGCCACUGCCGCGCUUCCCGCUGAUGCCGCCGCGCCACAUGCCCCCCCACAUGAUGCACAGGGGGCCCCCGCCGGGGCCGGGGGGCUUUGGGAUGCCUCCCCCCCACGGAAUGAAAACCCCCUUCCCCCCGCCAGGGCACUUUGUGAGGCCCGGGGGGGUCCCGGGCAGCGGGGGCCCGGGCGGACCCGAGGAGAACAGGGACGGGCGCCAGUUCAGGAAUGACAGGCAGACGUUCACCCCCAACAGAGACCAGGAGAGGUUCGGAAGGAGGUCGUUUGGGAACCGGGUAGAAAACGAGCGCGAGCGCUACGGGAACCGCGGGGACGACCGGGAGCACGAGCGCCUCGGGAACCGCGAGCGGCGCGACUGGGGCCGGCGCAGCCCCGAGCGCGACAGGCACAGGGACUCGGAGGACAGGAACAGGCGCUCCAGCGGCCACCGAGACAGGGAGAGGGAUUCCAGAGACCGGGAGUCGCGCAGAGACAAGGAAGAAGGCCGCGGCAAGGAAAAGCCGGAGGUGACAGACAGGGCGGAGGGCGACAAAAACCACGAGUCCCACGGCGGCAAAGCGGCCGACGCAGACAUUGUUUCAGAACUCGCGGCGGGAGAGUCCGAACCUGCGGGUGCGAAACCUGCGGAAGAGUCGGCACCCGAGGCUACCUCAUCCCUGGAACAGGCGGACAAGGACACGGGCUCCGUGGCGGAGGCUCCGCGCUGAGCCCGGGCCCUGCCGAGCCUGGGUCGGAGUGUCGAGCUUUAGUUGUACAGUGCUGUAAAUCUGCUGCCGCCCCCAGCCCUGCCCAGCGCAGGGGCCCCGCCAGCAAUUUGAUUGCUUCCCCUCCUAUUUAAAAAUAGCCACAGCAUAACAUAAAUACUGAAGAGAUGAUUAAAUAUUACCCGUUUUUGCUGUAACUUUUUUAAAGUUUUGACUUUAAAAAGUUUACGAAUCAGAAGUAGAAGUGCUUUCUAUUUUGUUUUUAAUUUAAGAAAAAGGUAACGGUGAAAGCUCCUCAAAAACAAUAGGGAUGUGUUUUUAAUAAACUCUAUUUUCGUAACAAACUUUUAACGUGUGCUAUUCUUCCUACGCUGCACUGAAGUGGAAAAGGAGUGUUCAACAGCCUAAAGUUGGAACUGUUCAUGCUGUACUGGAGUCUAAAUUAGACUGGUUUGGUUCUGUUUGUGAAAGGAAAUCCACCUGAUUGUGUAGCGAUUCACAGAAGCGAGUUUUUAUUUGUAACAGUCCUCUGGAGUUUUAGAUUGCUGCAUUUUAAUGAGAUACUUGACCACCCUGGGUAAAAGUUAGUUUUGAGAUGUUAAUUGCAGAGUUAUUUGUUUAGUGUUUGUUUGCAAUGCAGUCCAUUCUUUGCUUUAUUUUUUAUUUCCUCCCCCUCGAUUGGUUCUGUGGUUCCUACUGCCCUUGAUUUGCCUUUUUUUAAGAAGUGACACCUUCAGGCACAUCUGCUCUGCUGUUCCAAGGUGUGUGCUGGGCUUUUCUACCUGUCAGCCACUGAUGCUGCUGGAAAGUGAGACCUCAGAGGCACCACAACCUGCUGUAAAUUGCCAACCUGGUUCUUGAAGUGGAGCUGGGACAAGGAUUCUGCUGCUUCCUCUGGGAUCAGGGCCACUCUGGUGGGAACGCCGGCCCCUCCUUACCCUGCCAGAGGUAGGUUGUGCCCCCCCUGGUGCUGUGCCUCUGGGCUGGGUGUUUCCUGGUGUUCCUGGAGUUCUGCCACCUCCUCUCCAUAGCACUUCCAUGGUUGUGUCAGAUUGGAUGAGGGUAGUUUCCCGGUGGCCAAUCCCUUGGGCACAGACAGUUUGGGAAGUCCUGCCCCUCCAGAAGCACCAUAGGAAAUGUGUUUGAAUCCUGUGCAUAUUUAAUGGAUUUUUUUUUUCCUUUCUAUAGGUGUGUUCUACCUUUAAAGUUGGGUUUUUCCCCAAGGAAAGGGCAGCUGCUUCCUUAGUCCUUUUUCUCAGCUGCCCUGUGGAAUUGUCUCUGGGGGAGGGAGGGAUGGGAGAGCCAGUGUGGAGCUCUGGAUGGGGGAGAGAAUAUCUAUUUUUAUGUUCUUGCAAUAGCAGAAUAAAGAGAGAAAGAAUCUGUUUA